CGUCCGCAAGUGAGUUGACGGCGCUUGUGGAGAAAAGUCAGACAAGGGGAUAAAGGCGUCAGGGCAACGGAUAGAGAUAGAGAGGAGAGGAGAGAGGGAGAGAGGGAGGGAGAGAGAGGGAGGACGGGAGGAGACAAGGCGGAAAGAAAUACGCCUCUCUCCUCCUUCUCCUGCACACUCCAGCGGACUUGCAUCCGUCCAUCGUCUUGCGUGGCUCGGGAUAGCAAGCGCGCUCUUUUUGCGCAUUUUCAUUUUCAUCCGAGGACUGUACGGGAGAGGGCUCGAUUCGGGCUCCGGAUGUGUUCGGAUGCGCGCCCGCCAGUGACACGGACUUGGACGUCCAGCUGCCAGUGAGAUGUGAUUCCCUGGGCAUUCAUAUCACUUUGACAAAGCAAAGUGUGCUAUAAAAGGCCCGUGUGCAAUAAAGUUGUGAGAAGCAGGAAAUACAUCCUCCUCGACUUCCGGGCCAAGCGAACGUCAUGUGGACCAGAUGCCUCCUCUUCCUCUCGACCUUGUUUGCUCCCACUACUAUCGCCUCCAGCCGCGCGCCCAUCCCCAUGGCGGUGGUGCGCCGGGAGCUGUCUUGCGAGUCCUACCCCAUCGAACUCCGCUGCCCGGGCACGGACGUCAUCAUGAUCGAGAGCGCCAACUACGGCCGCACGGACGACAAGAUCUGCGACUCGGACCCGGCGCAGAUGGAGAACACUCGCUGCUAUUUGCCCGACGCCUACAAGAUCAUGUCGCUCAGAUGCAACAACCGAACCCAGUGCGCCGUGGUGGCCGGCCCAGAUGUUUUCCCGGAUCCGUGUCCCGGAACAUACAAGUACCUGGAGGUCCAGUACGAAUGUGUUCCUUACAAGGUCGAACAAAAAGUGUUUCUCUGCCCUGGAAUUCUGCGAGGCGUGUACCAAAGCGAACAUCUCUUUGAGUCCGACCACCAAUCUGGCGCUUGGUGCAAGGACCCACUGCAGGCCUCAGACAAGAUUUACUACAUGCCCUGGACACCGUACCGCACGGACACACUGACCGAGUACUCGUCCAAGGAAGACUUCAUCGCGGGCCGGCCGACCACGACGUACAAACUGCCGCAUCGCGUGGACGGCACCGGCUUUGUCGUCUACGACGGUGCGCUGUUCUUCAACAAAGAGCGCACGCGCAACAUCGUCAAGUUUGACCUCCGCACGCGCAUCAAAAGCGGUGAGGCCAUCAUCGCCAAUGCCAACUAUCACGACACCUCCCCUUACCGCUGGGGGGGCAAGUCAGACAUCGACUUGGCGGUGGACGAGAAUGGACUGUGGGUGAUCUACGCGACCGAGCAGAACAACGGGCGUGUCGUGGUGAGCCAGCUCAACCCUUACACCCUACGCAUCGAAGGCUCCUGGGACACCAGCUAUGACAAGCGCUCCGCUUCCAAUGCCUUCAUGAUCUGCGGCGUCCUGUACGUAGUCAAGACUGUCUAUGAAGACGACGACAACGAAGGGACGGGGAACAAGAUUGACUACAUGUACAACACGGACAAGAGCAAGGAGACCGGCGUAAACAUACCGUUCCCCAACUCGUAUCAGUACAUCGCUGCAGUGGAUUACAACCCGAGAGACAACCUCCUCUACGUGUGGAAUAACUAUCACGUGGUCAAGUACUCACUCGACUUCGGCAACAACGACUUCCGCCCGCCCGUGAUCCCGCCGAACAGAGGAGGCGGCGGCGCAGUCGGAGGGGGCUCCUCAUCCUCAACCGGUCGUUCUACCACCACUCGCUCUCCGCCCUACUACACUACCCCGCGUCCUCUCCUCACGACCUCCCCGGGUCAGCGUUACCGAACCACCACGACAGUUCGCCAGCCCGCCGUGAAUCCUGCCGGCGGUUCACCGUCCGACGCCAACCACAUCCCAGACAUCAACCGCAAAGCCGGGGAGCGCUACCCGCCGGUGCGGGCGCCCCCGGCGGCGCCGCAGCCCCCGGCUUUUCCUCCCCAGGACUUUUGUAGUCCGAGAGUGACGGCUGAUAUUUCGUGGCCCCGGACCCAGCAAGGCCAACUGGCCAAGCAGCCGUGCCCGGUUGGGACACUUGGCGUGGCCACGUACGUGUGCGUGGCCCGUUUGGGCUACUGGGAUCCUCGAGGUCCUGACCUCAGCAACUGCACGUCACCUUGGGUCAACCACAUCAUGCAGAAACUGCGGUCGGGCGAGACGGCGGCCAUUGUGGCCAGGGAGCUGGCGGAGCAGACCAAAGGGCUCCUGCGUCCUGGCGACGUGCCUUCCACGGUGCGGGCGAUGGCACAGCUGGUGGAGCUGCUUGACGUGCAGCUCAGGAACCUCACCCCCGGGGGCAAGGACAGCGCCGCCCGCAGCCUGACCAAGCUUCAGAAGAGAGAGAGGUCCUGCAGGUUUUUCACACAGGCCAUGGUGGAGACGGUGAAUAAUUUGCUGCAGCCGCGAGCCCAGACGGCGUGGAGAGAGCUGUCCACCGGCGAGCAGCUGCACUCGGCCACGCUGCUCCUCGACACGGUGGAGACCGGCGCUUUUAUGUUAGCUGACAACCUCCUCAAGACCGACACUGUGCAGGAGACGACUGACAACAUCCAGCUGGAAGUGGCUCGGCUCAGCACGGAUGGGAGCCUCACCGACUUGACAUUCCCUCAGUCUGAGCUACACGGAAACUCCAUCCAGCUGUCAGCCAGCACUCUCAAACAGCACGGCAGAAACGGUGAGAUAAGGAUGGCCUUCGUCCUCUACAGGAACCUGGGCUCCUAUCUUUCCACGGAGAACGCCACCGUCCGACUGAGCAGCGAGGCCGUCUACCCCAACUGUUCGGUCAUUGUCAACUCCCCCGUCAUCACGGCAUCCAUCAACAAGGAGAGCAACAAGGUCUACCUGUCGGAACCUGUCAUCUUCACCGUCAAACAUCUACAACAUUCCGAAGAGAACUUCAAUCCCAACUGUUCCUUCUGGAGUUACUCCAAGCGCACCAUGACAGGGUUUUGGUCCACGCAGGACUGUCGCCUGCUGGCCACCAAUCGCACCCACACCAGCUGCUCCUGCACUCACCUCACCAGCUUCGCCGUGCUCAUGGCCCACAUGGAGGUCAAGAAAGCAGACAGCAUUCACGACCUGCUCCUGGAUGUGAUCACCUGGGUGGGCAUCCUGCUGUCCCUGGUCUGCCUGCUCAUCUGCAUCUUCACCUUCUGCUUUUUCCGCGGACUGCAGAGCGACCGCAACACCAUCCAUAAGAACCUCUGCAUCAGCCUCUUCAUUGCUGAGUCGCUCUUCCUGGUCGGAAUCAACAGAGCAGACCAGCCGAUUGCCUGUGCAGUCUUUGCAGCCCUGCUCCAUUUCUUCUUCUUGGCAGCCUUCACCUGGAUGUUCCUGGAAGGGGUGCAGCUAUACAUCAUGCUGGUGGAGGUGUUUGAGAGCGAACACUCCCGCACUAAGUACUUCUACCUGGCAGGGUACGGCGUGCCUGCUGUCAUCGUGGCCGUCUCCGCCGCAGUGGACUACAGGAGUUACGGCACCGACCGAGUGUGCUGGCUGCGACUGGAUACAUACUUUAUCUGGAGCUUUAUAGGCCCUGCUACACUCAUCAUAAUGCUCAAUGUAAUCUUCCUUGGCAUCGCUCUUUAUAAGAUGUUCCACCAUACAGCCAUCCUCAAACCAGAUUCUGGAUGUCUGGACAACAUCAAGUCUUGGGUGAUUGGGGCCAUAGCCCUGCUAUGUCUGCUGGGCCUCACCUGGGCUUUUGGGCUGAUGUACAUCAAUGAAAGCACUGUCAUCAUGGCUUAUCUUUUCACCAUCUUCAACUCGCUGCAGGGCAUGUUCAUCUUCAUCUUCCACUGCAUUCUGCAGAAGAAGGUGCGUAAAGAGUACGGCAAGUGUCUGCGUACUCACUGCUGUAGCGGCAAAAGCGUGGAGACCUCCAUCUCCUCCUCCAAGACCACCACCUCUCGCACACCUGGUCGCUAUUCCACAGGCUCACAGGUGAGCUUACCUGCCUGCACACCUGGACGCUACAGCACAGCCGAAUCUCAGAGUCGAAUCAGGCGGAUGUGGAAUGACACAGUGAGGAAACAGGAGUCUUCCUUCAUCGCGGGGGACAUGAACAGCUCCGCCACGCUUAACAGAGGAACCAUGGCUAAUCAUCUUAUAACUAAUGCUCUCCUUCGUCCCCAUGGUACUAACAAUCCUUAUAACACUCUCCUGGGGGACUCUGCAGUCUAUAACAACCCUGCUGUGGGCAUGUACAACACCCAAGCAUCUUACCGAGACACAAAGGGCAUCCUGAACAACGCAAGAGACUCCAGUGUUAUGGACACACUCCCUCUGAAUGGUAACCACGGCAACAACUACAGCAUGGCCAGCAGCGAAUACUUGAGUGACUGUGUGCAAAUUUUAGACCGGAGCGGCGGCUACGGCACCCAUAGCAACCACCAAGAGACUACCUUGGAAAAAAAGAUCUUGAAGGAGCUCACCUCCAAUUACAUCCCCUCCUAUCUCAACAACCACGAGAGGGUCACCAGCGAGCGCAGUCACAACUUGAUGAACAAACUGGUCAACAGUAGCAUGGCCAACGGAGGGAGCAUGGCAGGAGGUAGCAGUAGCUCCAGUAGCAGCGGCGUCAGCGGCUGCAUGGGCAACAGCAAAGAGGACGGAGGCCCCAUGGUGCUGGACAACCCUUCAGCCUUCCCCCACGAGGAGAACCUGGGUCUGGAGAUAAUCCGAGAGGAAUCCAACGCGCCCCUCCUGCCGCCGCGCCCCCCUCCGCCCGACAGUCACCCGCCGCCGCCUCCGCCACACAGCUACUCGAGGCCACGCCGAAUCCCGCAGGAGACCAGCGAGAGCUUCUUCCCGCUGCUGACCAAUGAGCACACUGACGAGCACACGCACUCGCCCAACCACAGAGACUCGCUGUACACCAGCAUGCCGGUUCUCACGGACGUUCCGGACGGCCAGAUGAACGGUUUAACAGACGGUGAGGAAGACUGCUCUGGCGAACUGCAGCCCUGUAAGAGCGCCACGGCUCCCGAGUUAGAUGACGUCUACUACAAGAGCAUGCCCAACCUGGGUUCCCGGAACCACCUUCACGAGCUGCAGAGCUAUUACCACAUGGGCCGUGGAGGUAGCGACGGAUACAUGGUGUCCGGCAGCAAGGAGGAGUCCGACUCGUCGCCCGAGGAGCCCCCUGUAGACCCUUCCCACCUGGUCACCAGUCUAUAGAGCCCACCAAGAGACUCCUAUCCCUCCCUGAGCCCACUCUCACAACCUUCCACUUGUGUGUUGUCAACUGACAGGCCGACCAGGUCCGCCCCUGGACUGAGUCGUGCGUGUAACGUGUACGGUUCAGGACAAUACGGGGGCUGAAUGUAUUGUCACGCUGGGAGACACUUUGUGAAUAUCAAACAGGAGCAGAACCUAGAACAUGGAAGGGUGAGAAGUGGGGAGGGAUCUGUAAUUUCUAUGUGCUUAAUUGGAAUCUUGGAUUAGACAUGAAAGUCUUCUAAUGUGGACCUCCAGCAUAUCGUAUAGUCUCCACUACUACAACAACUGAGGUUGACCCCAACCCCCGACAGCCGUCCUCCCAGUGAAAGGAAUCAUCCAUGCAUCCGUAGGUCGCUGCCACUUCAAAGAUACAUUCUUGCGUGAUGGCAAAGGACAAAGCCACAACAUGAACGGGCUAGGCCUCGUCACACGACCUGCCAAUCAACUGGGGGACAUACCAUCAAAGAAAAAAAAAAAAAAAGAAAAAUAGCAACCAAACUGUACCCAUAUGUUUUCUGAUGUUCUCAAUUCUCUUCCUGUUCAUAUCUGCUCAACGGGAGUCGUGUCCAGGCUGGUGUCAUUUGUUCCUUCCUGCGAGUUCUAGUGAUUGCGGCUGCUGUUUAUUCCGCUCAUAAUAAAGAAAAGAGCUUGUAAAUCCAAGAGACUAUAGGUUCAAAAAAAAAAAAAAAAAAAAGAAUGGGUGUGAGAAUGGGUUGUUUCUUCUCCUUUUUUUCUGUACAAGUCUUCAGUUAUCGAUGAAAUGAUGAAAUAAUCAAAUUAUUUCUAUGUAUUGUAUAGAAUACACAGACAAAUGUUGCAUAUGACCAAUUCUUAUUUGUCAGUUGUCUGUGGAACUUUUCGGAACUGUUUCCUUUGGUUCUGGUCACGUACGGACGACAGAACGGAUAAGGAACAAUCUUUCAUCGAGACAGUUUCGCACUCUGACUAAUAUGCAUUUACCCUACGCACACUUCUUUCUGGUCCUUUUAUAGUGACACCAUGCUAACAUUUUGCAAAUUGUUAUAUAUUUUACACUGUGUAAUUAAAAGGGGAAAAAAGGAGGGGGUUACCAUGGGAACGCUUUUACUGGACGUGGAGUCUUCAGACAAUUUUGUUUUCAUUUAAUAAUGCAUUUCCUUCGUUUAGGCACAAGGGGGGACAUUGGGGGCACCUGGGUGAGAAAGACACACCAGGUAUUUUCGAGCAACUUAUAUAUGAAGCAUAUCGGUUUUAUUGCCAAAUAUUCUAGCAUUUGACAUAACCUAGCUGUACCGGUCGACAUGUCAUUGUACGGAACAAAUGUUGGGAACAAAUGUCCUUCUCCAAAGUAAAAACCAGAAAGAAAUGCCAAUUUUUGUUUUUUACAACAUUGAUAUGUACUGAAAGAACUCUCUGCACACUGCAGCACUGUCUAAUGUCAAAGCCAAUGUUUACUUAUUUAGGAGGGAAAUUUCAAGUGUAUUAAGAGUAGCUUGCACGUUUCCCACAAGCCCCUUCCAAGUUCCCCAAGAGAGAAAUUAUUUAUUUAUCUGUUUAUCGGUUGAAAGAAAGCAAAAACAAGCUUGGAGGAAAGAGAGCUGACUUUAUGGAGGAGUAAAUAGAGUGGCACUAGGUGGUUCUUUUUUUUUUUUUUUUUUUAAAUUAUUACGAUCAUGUUGAUUAUUACGAUAUUAUUGCUGAUUAUUUAUUCUUUUUGUAUGGGUUCCAAGUUGAAUGAUCUCAUAACUAAUAUUUGUUGUAACAGUGAAAGUUGUUUGCCAACAAAUAAAUUACUUACAUAGC